AUGGCAGAUCUUGGCAGAAUCUCAGGUUAUUUUUUUAAAAAAAUGAUUAUUUUCUUUCUUGUUUUCUUGAAUUCUAAUUACACCCACAGGUCUUUUGAAAUUCUCUCUUUUUGUUUCCUCUUUGCGCGGGUGUUCCGAAAAACAGCUACCGAAGUGAAUUCGAGCAUGUCCAAAACUAAUCUUUCUUUUUUUUAGUUCCAGUAGCUUGAGACCGAUUCGAACGUGGGAAACUCGACCAAUAAAUAGCUUAUUACGUUUUAAUUGAAUUAGACUUGCGACUAACGAAUGUUUUACUGAGAAAAAUCUAUUUGCCUUUUUUUAAAGAUUACACUUUUUUAGUUCGUCAAAGGACGUUCCUAGAAAGAACGCAGUUUUUCUUCUCUCUUUCAAGAAUCAUACGAUUGUGAGAAGAUGAAAUUCCAGAAACACAGGAAAACUUUUCAUUGCAAGAAGGUGAAACGGUUUCGAAGUACCGAAUAGAAGGUUUGUUGGGCUGUGGCUCCUACGGGAAAGUUUACAAAGUUCCUCUCUCACUUUUUCUCGGUUAAAAUGCAACAUGCUUGAGGUCAGUGACGCGGCAAACACUUUCUAUGCACUGAAAACGGAGCUUCGCAAUACCAAAGUCAAAGGCUUGAAGAUGGAAGUCGUCGUCCUCAGGUUUUGGAAGCCCAAAAACAGAGAUCUCAAAAAAAAGAUGAAGUAAAAAAUCUCUUUAGAAAGUCUUUUUUCCGGAAGACUACGUGUAUUGUACCUACAGUAUCUUGAGGGAAACAAGAAAAAAAAACCAUUUUGGAGUUAUGAAAAAAACCACAAACUGCCACAAAUAUUUCUUAUUUUCCCUUUUCGAAAAAUAUCACAAAGUUUUUUUUCCGGAUAUUACGGCAUCAUGUGUCUCGUAGAGCUACGCAAACUCAAUAGUUUUGAAUGGAAAAAGACGCUAAUGGUUUACGGUAGCUAAUUUCUUCAUCUAAGUUCCGAAAAACUUCUGAGUGCACAUUUUAACAACUUUGCCAAAGUCUCACUAAAAAUCUCUACUUGAUUGUUCUUGGAAAUUCCGCCUUCUUUCAUAACUCACUUCAUAUUGAGAUUUUUUUUUGUUUUUAGCGCGUUUCCAUUCAUAAGCCGAACAGAGAUUGAAGGUUUAAAAAAGAGUUAGCUUGUAAACAUCUCAAUAAGCCAUCGACAAGUAUUUUUUGCUCGGAAAAUGUCUUGAAUUACUUGAAAAUUGUCGAUUUCGCACCAAUACACUCGGGGCUUUGAAUGUAAGAGGGAAUCUCGCGAUAAAAAUGAACGAUAGAAAUCAAAAUACAUACUGUAUUCUCUGGAGGAAUGUCUAAACUUUCAAAAAAAACUUGCCUUCAUUGUUUUUUUUUAAAUAACGGUUUCGGUAGUUGAUCACAAAUUAAUGUGUACCAAGACGAGAAAUUCUGUUUUCUUUGAACGCACGGCUAAUUAGACACAUUCUGACCUUCGUUGAACAGGUGUUUCCACAAGAAAAAAAGGUACUUUACUUUGAAGAGAGUAUCCACAUUUCGAGCAAAAAGUCGUCAUAGGGGAACAUGACUAGGAACAAAAUUUAAUCGAGAACAAAUUUUACCUUCUUAUUCUGAGUUUUUUUUUUCAAGUUUAACAAAAUUUAGGAUAACUAUAACGAAUAGAAAACUAAUUCCCAAAAAAAAAUUUUCUCAGCUGCAUCAUGGAAAUCAAAAAGCUUCUAUAGCUCCAAAUGUAAAUGUCAUCCAAGUUUUAAUACCAAGAAGGCGAUAAUCCUUAAGCAUCAGAGAGAACUCUGAAAGUUUUUUUCAAUUUUUCGAAUCAAAAAAAUUUUGUGAAAUUCCAUUGCCCAAAAAAAAAAAAUAACAAAAACUUUCUUUCACUUUACAAGCACAAAACAAUAAUAAGAAGUGGUGUUAAACUCGGAACUAACAUUUAAAUUUUUCUUAUUUUUUUAUAUUAUAAAUACUUAUUUUUUUAUCAAUUUACUUCAUCCGCCAAAACUUGAAACUUUUCUGACUUUUUCUUCACACUCUGCUCUCACGACGCUCUCGUGCUAUAACUCAUAUAACCUAUAAGAUACCAUUUUCUCGAUUUUUUUGACUUUUUUUCGGUGGAUGAAAGGAGGGCGUAGAAAGUUCAAACGUUUGGAAAAACAUACAAAAACAAAAAUAUCACUGAGCUUGAAGGAUGGAGUAGUUCUGAAGGGGUUUAGAUAAAAUUUACAUUCGUUUUUAUACUUAAGUUCAUUAAAAAAAUCCCCACUAGACCCAUUUUAUAGAUUUUAAUUUUCAGAUGUAAAUGAAAUUUACUCCUGAGUUUUUUUCCGUUGAUUUAUAUCGGUUAGUUGUUGAAAAACUUUCAAAUUGUACUGUACUUGAAUAGACAGGAUUAAAGUUUUUCAUUAAAAAAAGUUUAGAGAUGUGAGAAAUCUGGAAAGCGAUCGUUUUUGCGAAUUGAUAACGUGCGGGCGAACAAAAAAGUUCAAUUAUUUGGUGAUGAGUCUCGUCGGCAAGACUAUAGACGUGAGUUAUUUCGGGUUGAGAUUGACAUUUCACUCUGGAAUUGGUCCAUUUUCGAAAAAUAUUCAAAUUGGCUAGGAUCUUCGCGUGAAUAACACCAAGUCAAACCGUAAAUUGACGUUGGGCUGUGGAAUUUCCGUCGGGAUGCAGUGCCUUGAAGCCGUCCAUUCGCUUCACAACGCCUUGUUUUUCUUUUUCGACUUUGACUAAUAUAAUAGAAAGGCCCUCGGAGAAUGACAUUUCAGAUAUAUAAACCGCGACAUCAAGCCCGCCAAUUUCUGUCUUUCUUUGCAAGAUCAUCGUCGGAUUCUUAUGAUUGACUUCGGAAUGUGCAGGUUGUUCCCAAAUUCUGGCUUAUUUAGGUCAAAAAAUUGGGCCUCAAAUUUUCAUUUUUAAAAAAUCCAUUUUUUUUUUAUCCUGCGUAAAUCUCUUCUAUUCAUUUUUCAUGAGUUCAAUGGUUUUUGCGCCCUUCACCAUUCUAUUUUCGCUUCAAAAUUUCUCUGUUUGAAAUCUUAUAUUCAGAAAGUUCGUGGACAGCGACGGGAACUUGCGGCAGCCUCGGUGGAGCGUUGGUUUCCGGGGAACCUUGCGGUGAGUCUGCGAAACUUGCGCAACCACGGCGAAGUAGGUACGCAGCGCUGUCGACGCACUAUGGCAAGGAAAACUGUCGGAAGGACGAUAUCGAGUCCUGGCUCUACGUCUUGGUUCGUCAACCACUGGAAUAAUUCCGUUUGACGCUCGAUUUGAGAUUUAUCUCAAGUCAAUUAUCAGAAACACCGAAAAAAAAGUUACCUAAAGGAAGAUCUUUUGACUAUUUCUCUGAAAUUUAAAGUUUUUCCAACUAACCAUUUUUCAUUUUGCUAGUAAAAUGUUUCAGAUGACACGAACAUAGGCUUUCCAUUAGCGAGGAAUAUAGUAAAAACUGCCAGCUUCUUAUUUUACGAUUUUUUGCUCUUCGGGUCAAGUCUUUACUCUGAAAAAUAUGCCGACAAGACUCUCCCGUAUAGUUCAUUUAGUUUUAGAACGUAGACUUCGAACAGAUGGGAAUUAGGAUGAUAAUAGUGUUGACUUUUAGCGAUUAUUUUCAAAGAAAAAAAAAAUUCAUUUUCAAUUUUUUUUAAAGAUUGAAUCUCUUGUCGGUCGGCUGCCGUGGAGCGACUCCGACGGUCUAACUUUCGUGAGCUUCCAGAAACAGACCGCCAGAACCUCUGGUUUCUUCUUUCGGAAACACACAGUUCGUCUAAUUCAAAAUUGCAGGGUUGAGAGAGCUUUUUUCGGGAGUACCGAAAGAACUGAUUCAUGCAUUGUUCUACAUCGACAGUUUGCAAUUCUAUGAUGAACCCGACUAUUCCAUCCUUCGUGGGCUUCUCAGGUUUUUUUUUCUUACCUGUACCUGGAGGAAGUUAUACGUCUAGAGAAGCCCUCACUCAAAACAACUUGGAAGAACAUCCAUACGACUGGGAACUGAAUAAAUGA